AUGGUCCAAUCAAAGGCAGGAAUCCUUGGAGCAGUUGCUCAUCAAGUUCAAAAAAGGAAGACCGGUCCAGAUCCGCCGAAAAAGUCCAACCGUCCACAAGCAACCAAAAAACAAUCAAAAAAAAAUGAAAAAGUGGAAACGAGAUCGCAGACUAGGAAAAACAAUGAGCUGUUCUUGUUGCAGAAGGAGAUGGAGAAAGGCACCAAUGUCGAAAACAUGACUAUUGGGAAAUGGGAUAAAAAAUUGACAAAGAUGGAAACAGACGAGAAGUCGGACGAGGAACCUUCGGAUGAACACAAGGAACCAGGCGAUUUGAAAACGAAAGAGGCGAAAGCAAACGAGCCGAUUACCGAUAAGAAGAAGCUUAAAAAGUACAAAGUAGACCGAGAGGAUUACAUGUUACAGAUGGCUACAGCUGAUGAAGAACCACUGUAUUUUGAGGAAUAUCAACCUCGAAACUAUGACUGUUUUCUCGAAGUUCCCAUUGUCAAAUGGGCGAACAUGGUACCCGACACAUUCAAACGUCUUCUGAAAUACACAAAUGAAGUUCUUCAAAAUCAUACGCCACCGAAUACGUAUCACCUCCCUUCACCGCUUCUGAAAUCUAAAAGUUUUCGGCAUACUGUGCCCUACACGAACUUCUGUUUCAGUCCGUUACAGGCUAUGCGCGCAUGGGCAUUACUGUAUAGUAUUGCUCAGAAUAAAACGGCUAAAGAGUUGAAGACGUUUGUUGAGGAAUACACCAGAGAAUCUUCCACAACUCCGGAAGAUUUCCAUCAACAGCUUCUUUCUCUUCAUCGUGACGCUGAAUAUCAGUUUGAAGGAUGCGUCAGAUUGUUCACAGAAAUGCCACGUCAUCUACCUCACAACGUAAAGCUGCGUCGUGAGACAAAUGUUCUUUAUGGUGGUCGUAGUAGACGGGCCAGUAUUCAACAUCACAGUUUUGCCACGGAUUCGGAUGGAUUCUAUUCUUGUUACCGUAUUAAUGAAGAGAUCGCUCGUUCCACGCGCGGCUUGGUUCGUUACGUGGUUCCAGAGAAUUGUGCUCCAAACUGGAGAGCAUCCAUCGCGUUGGCAUCUGCUCAGGACUGCACCUUCUAUUGGAAAGUUACAGAUUCAGAAGAGUCGUCGAGUUAUCGAUUCAAUGGUGGAUCAACUAUUCCGAAUUCGAAAUGUUCGGUUUUAUCUGGAAAAGCGAACGUUUGGAUAAAGAAAGCGGCAAGCGGACAGGAUGUUUACAAAUUGGAAAGUCAUGUUCCGAAUGUUCAGUUGUUCAUUUUUAUGGAGGACCUCUCACAAGCGUCUAAACCCAAAGCUCUACCAUCUGACAUUUUUUCCAUUGUAUCGUCUUUGGAUGAUUCCUGGAUCCUCAAACCAGAUCAACACAUUUCCAUUCCAAAAUGCACAACUUCCACACCAAUUUCUCUCUACGAUCAUGCCAAAAAAAAUGGGCUAUCUCGACUUUUCUCCAGUGAAAAAUCAGAAUUACGUCAGCUGAAGGCGUCGCAAUUAGAUUAUUCUGGAUCUCCGCAAUUCCAGACACUUUUCGACCACUAUCACAAAACGGUGUUUCAAAUUUGUCCCCAUCCCCCGAAUAAUGAAAUUCGCAGACGAUUCGAUCAUUUGGCACCAGAAAAAGCACACCAGUGUAUUGAGGAAUCGGCGGCAAAGCUGUUUGCCAGCUAUCAGGUUGGAGCGGUUGAUAAUCAUGACGUCUUCUUCACCUAUCAUGAGGACCAUCUCGAUCAAUCGACGGGACCACUUUUAUUAUUCCCAGGCAAUUUUGAAUACGACAAGGCGCAGUUUUGCGACCUGGAUAUUGCAAAACCAUUCUACUACGUCAUGACUCGUCAAUUUGCAGGAGCCCCAAUGAUUGUUUGUGCUGGGUAUUUUGUAAGAAUUUCGGAAUUUUAG